UACAAAGAAACGGAAUUCAGUACUCUGGGAAAAUUUUUCAGGUAGUGAUUGAUUCAGUGAUUUGCGAUACUCCUGCUAGGGCCUAUGUUAAAUGUGUUAAAUCGUUUUCAGGCUAUCAUGGGUGUGACAAGUGUACACAAAAUGGUACAUGGAUAGGUAAAAUGACAUACCCUGAAACUAAUGCACCUCUCCGUACAGAUGCUUCAUUUGCAAAUAGAGAUGAUGAAGAUCACCACAAGGGUGUUUCUCCGUUAACACAGAUUCAAAUAGGAAUGGUAUCUCAAAUACCUCUAGAUUAUAUGCAUUUAGUGUGCUUAGGAGUAAUGAAACGUUUGCUUCUUUUGUGGAUAAAAGGUCCAUUGUGUUGUAGACUUGGGACAAGGGUUAUUGAUCAAAUUUCUUCUGGUUUACUUAACUUAAAAAACAGCAUUCCAUCUGAAUUUGCAAGAAAACCUCGAUCUUUAAAAGAAAUUGAAAGGUGGAAGGCUACUGAAUUCAGACAAUUUUUACUAUACACAGGAAUAAUUGUUUUACGUGGUGUUAUUCAUCAGAAUAUGUAUAAAAACUUUCUACUUUUGUGUGUAGGAAUACACGUUUUGUUAAAUGAGAAAUUGUGUGAGCAUUAUAGUGAGUAUGCACAUGACUUACUGGUAGCAUUUGUUACACACUUUUGUCAAAUAUAUGGGAAUGACAUGGCAGUCUACAAUAUACAUGGACUAGUUCAUCUUGCAGAAGAUGCUAAAUACUUCAAGAGCUUAGAAAAUAUUUCAGCUUUUCCUUUUGAAAAUUAUUUAUCCAACCUUAAACGCAUGGUGCGGAAACCUGAAUUUCCACUUCCACAAAUAAUUCGGAGACUAUCGGAAAAAGCAGAUGUGAAAGUUGACCAAAUUUCAUAUCCACAAUUAUCAAAAAGUCAUAAUAGUGGGCCUGUACCAGACAUUAUUAUAGAUGGUCAUCAAUUUAAAAAAAUAAAUACUGGAAGAUACAUUUUAAAAACAAGUUUUAAAGAUAGCUGUGUUCGAAUACAAGGGAAGUUUUCCCUUGUGAAAAACAUCGUACUGUCUUCAGAGGGUGAAAUAUAUAUUGUGUAUCAAUGUUUUCAAGAUACAGACAAUUUUUUUACUUCCCCUUUAGAAUCAAAAUUGCUAGGGAUUGUAAAGGUAUCCAAUUUGGAGGAUAAUGUGCAAGUUGCCAAACUAGCUGAUGUUGAGGCAAAGUGUGUUAUCUUUCCGUAUAAAAAUGAACAUGUAAUUGUUCCCUAUACAGAUGCUGCUUGGUAAAUAAGAACUCAGAAUCUCUAACAAAGAUAGUACAUGAUUAGAAUAAGUGUCAUUGGGGUUAAUGAAUGUUGAAGUAUUGUUUGUUAAGCAAUUCUGGAGCAUAUCAAUCUGUUAUCAAAGAUUUUAAAACUAAAAACUUGUAGGACGGAAUAUAAGUAUGCAGUGGUGGAGUUCCUGGACGAGGGGGGUGUAGAAGCUGUCCCAGUGAGAUGGCUAACAAAUGAUGAAAAGGAAUGCUUCUGGCCACAGUUUAAAACCAAAAACUCGACAAAAACAACGUUGGCAAUUAAGGCCGCUAUCCAGCCAACAAAAGAAUUCUCAAAAUUUCCAGUCAGAGUCUAUAAGAAGUACCUGGAGUAUGACACAGCGAGGAAAGAUCUUGAUAAAGCAACGUACGCCUCAGACCUUCAAACUGAGGCUGAAGAUGAAACCCAUGCAUCUCAGAAGAGAACUAAAAGGUAAAUGACACAUGUUUAAUUUUUUUUUUUGGAAAGUACAUAUAUACAAUUUCAAACCUUAACUACUAAAUAAUUAAAAUAAUUAGAUUUCAACUUGGCUGUAUUUUAUGAUUUAAUGCAUGAAUUAAUUUUUUUCUCUUAUUUCAGACCAAAUCGCAAGUUUCUGCAAUCGGAUGACUCGAGUGAAGAGUCGUCAGAAACUGAAAUGCCAGUUGUGCAGAAGAGACAGUCUCCCAGGAAAAAGGCUAGAUCAGUUCCAGAUUUACCUGAACUGCCAAAACUGCCGUCGUCACCAAUUGCAUCUAAGAAUACACCAAGUACUAGUGCAUCCCAAGUUUUAUCUCCUCAGUCAACCACGCUGUUUGAAACUUUUAAAUCCCCCAAAGCAGUUUCUACAUCAGUUAUGGAGAGAAAGCUACUUGCGACUGUUGAAGAAGUUAAAGUGCAAGUGCAUUUUAACACGAAAUUAUUGCAAACAAUAGUGAAGAAACUUGACAAUAUAUCAAGUGCCAACUUGGAGGAAAUGGAGGAGGAUGUUGGAGGACUUGAUGUAACAUUUCCCCUUACAUCAAAAACUGAGCUUAUGCAAGCUGAUGAAGCUCUUCAAGGCGACGAAAACCGCAAAAAACUUGCGAGAUCGUUAAGCACCAUAGGAGGGGAAAAUAUCAAGUCGUCAGUCAGACGGCUUCUGACUCAUAUGAUUACAAACAACCUGGCCCAGGAGAUAAAUUGGAUGGGGAAAGGAGAAAAAGUAGCCUUCUCCAAGUUAAACUUACUUACUGUCUUGAAAGCCGCAGUGAGGAAAAACAGACUGUGUGCGUCUGCGACAGAUGCAGAGAUUGCAAGCGUUGCUAAGGACUGGUUCCGCUUUGCAAAAGAUCGCGAAGGUGGGAGGAAAAAAAGGGAGGAAAGAAAGAAAAGAAAGGAGGCUGCCCAAGCUACUGCAACCAGUGACCCGGGCAGUGAAUAAGACUGGCUUAUUACGAAGGGACUUUUGCCU